AUGGCAACAUUACAGACUGUCCCGACCGAAAUCCAUCUACACAUUGCAAAGCUCCUCCUCCCUUGCGAUGUUGCAGCUCUUGCUCUUACCUGUCAGACCCUGAAGCGACGCCUCGGUCAUGAAAAUCAAUUUUUUUGGUAUAAUCUGCUUCGCAGUGGAUAUGACUCUAAUCCCAUCAAUAUCAGGCUCAGGGCUGCCUCAUGGCUGAGUCGCAUCAAAUUUGAUGGAUUUCGACCUGAAAACAAAGACUACUGGGCUGAGGCCAUAGGAAUCAUCUCGGGAAAAUCUGACCAUGGCUGUAGCUCCUGUUUGGCGACUGCCAGCAUGCGGAAGUUCGAGGAGUACUCUUAUUUCGCCUAUUUCCCAGUCUCCAGACUCGGUAUCGUAGAUGACGGGGAGAGGCUUAUGCGGCGAUAUUGCCACCAAUGUUUCUCUGAAUGGCACAUCGACCUUGAGUUCUUCGAAGCUACACACCCGCUUGUACCGCUACCAGCCAUAGUCGGUAUUCAAAUUUCACGCGAAGGGGGGAUAACUUCCGCCCAGGACUUUAUUGGUGCAAAAUUGAAACGGAUUAUACCUAUUACUACUGCAACCAAAGCCAUAGAAGACUUCUAUGGCCUUAAAUUCGAAACCGCAAAUAGUAUACCUCACCGAUUUAGGGCAAGAUGGUCUCGGAUUCGAGGCGAGUACGAUGCUCAGCUUGUUAUUGACGCUCUCAACUUCAUAAAAGACAUCUACCAGCAAAACUACAAGCAUCUGCAAGUUGUAAUGACCCCCGAGACAUAUUACAAGAGAUUCUCAGAUUCCUUGCUCUACUUCAUUUUAAGCGACAAAUUUCGGACAGUACUGCUUGGAAGAGAGCUCAACAACGUUCAUGCCAGUGAUGCGGCGUCCUCGGACUUAUAUAACGAAUUCACCAUACCUCCUUUGUCUAUCGCCGAGGAAACAAUGAAAAUAUCUAGAUUACUUGCUCAAGGAUCGAGGGGGCGGUCAAUAGCCACAGAACUCGCUAAUAGUUUCCAUGGACAGUUUUUCAUCCCGUAG